AUGGAAAACAAUUCGAGAAACAAUACAAACAACAUAUACAAUGAAGGCGGAAUUUUAAUGAGUAGCCGUGCUGAAAAUUCGAGAUCAGAGGCGGAUCUGACUGUGAGGACCCCAAAUACGGAAGUAGAUCCAUUCAAACGUGUAUCGAGGAUAGCCCGAUCGCCAAAUCAGACGCCCACAAUCAGUAAACCGGUGCGAGCGAGGUCCUCACCACCGGUGCUAGAAGAUAGUACACCUCAAGCCAAAGUAGCACAACAUCCCGGGGACUACUUCUCUGAACUAGGAAGUGCCAUAAAAAGACUGACUGAAGCAAUGCAUCCGCCGCAGCGGUCUAUAAAUAACAAUAUGAGAGACAUCCUUAGUUCUAUAGCAAAGCUAUAUUCAAAAGCCCUGGAGGAGCACACAAAAAUAAUAGAAGUAAGACGGAAGGUGCAGCUCAGAACCACAAACACGGAAACAACACCAAAGAGGCCGCGCGAGGAAAAUCAGCCCAAACGGAAAACACCGCCUAAAAGGAAUAAAACGGCGCACGAAGAGGCACCGAAAAACCAGCACGCGGAGCGAAGCAAAGAGACAUCAGGAAAUAGCCCUGAUAAAUCCAAAAAAGAGGGAAAAAAAGAUGACGGCUGGGUAAGCGUCAAGCGCAAGCCACAAAGCCACAAAAAAAUUGACCGAAAGCCACCCCCACGGCCCGAUGCUAUAGUCAUAGCGCGCUCUGGAGAUAUGUCCUAUAGAGACAUCCUUAUGAAGGUGAGAAAAGAAGAAAAUCUGCAGAAACUCGGCGAAAAUGUAUCGCGUAUUCGGAAGACAGCCAAAGGUGAAAUAUUGCUGGAACUGAAAGAAACCCAAAUGGAAAGUACGAGCGAACUAAGGGGCGAAAUAAGCAAACUGCUGGGAGACCAGGCACAAAUCAAAGCGCUUACCCACGAAGUCAUAGUAGAGAUUCGGGACCUGGACGAAAUCACAACCAAGAAGGACAUUUCGGAAGCUAUACGGAAGCAGGUGAAAAAACUAAAAAACUUUGAUCUAAACCUGAAUCAUUGUGAAGCGGCGCAAGAUUUGCUUAAGCAAACCGUCUUUGAGGAGAAGGUGGACGUGGCAAUACUGUGCGAACAGUACAAAAACAUAGACAACGCCACAUGGGCUUCAGACACCACCCGCAAAGCCGCCAUAUGGGCAUGUGGAGGUAAAGCUUUCCAGGAAAACCACUACUAG